CAAUUCCUGAACCUUAUUUAAUAGCUGGAACUGAGCAAGGUAUCCAGAGGGUAGGGAUGGAAGGCAGUGUACAACAGCCAAUCAACACAACAGCAGUAAAUGUUGAAGAUAUUGAUUGGUAUGGAGACAUAGUGAUCUGGAGUGAUUCUAAUGAGGUCAGUUGGACCAGUAUUAGCAAUCCAGGCUCAACAACCAAGAUCAACGGUAUAUCAAAAGCCAAUGAAAUUGCAGUGGACUGGCUGGGGGGUCAGUUGUAUUGGGCUGAGGAUCAAGAAAUCAAAAGAGCUCAGUGGUCAACAAGUGACUCGUCUGCUGUUAAGCCAGAGUUGGUAAUUGAGUCUGUAGCAUUAGACAUUGCCGUUGAUUCGAUAAGAGCUUAUAUAUACUGGAUAUCUGUACCUCUAUAUUAUAACAGUGAUCCUAGGCCCUCUGGUGUUGAGUGUGCCCGCUUAAACAAUGAUCUUGGAAGCAGGGUCACUAUCUAUGAGACAGAGGAGUUUGUGGAGGAACAGGUGGUUAGCCUAACAUUGGACUUGGAUGGGGGAUUUGUGUACUGGCUCGUUAGGUCAGGCCAUCUGAGAGUUUACAAGUCAGUGCUUGCAGAUAAUAAUCGACGAGAUUUAACUCCAGUGUUAGUGACAGAAGUGCAGGCUGGUAUUCAGUCUCCAACACUACAUUACUAUAGCAACAGAUUUUUCUGGAUAAGCAUGAACCAGUAUAUUGCAGUGGCUAGUGUUGAUGGUAAUAGCCUAGCAACCAUUUCAUCUGUAUCAGCUAAUGCCUUAACUAUAGUUCAGAAUUCACUGCAUCCUGUACCAGGUAAUAUCACAUUGAGCACUGAAUUUAUUACUAAUGUUGAUGAUGGCAGUACUGAUAUCAGUAAUGGCAGUACUGAUGUUGGUGAUAGUAGUAAUAAUGUUGGUGAAGGCAGUACUAAUGUUGAUGAUGGCAGUACUGAUGUUGGUGAUGGCAGUACUGAUAUCAGUAAUGGCAGUACUGAUGUUGGUGAUGGCAGUACUAAUGUCUAUGAUGGCAGUACUGAUGUUGAUGAUGGCAGUACGGAUGUUGGUGAUGGCAGUACUGAUGUUGGUGAUGGCAGUACUGAUGUUGGUGAUAGUAGUAAUAAUGUUGGUGAUGGCAGUACUAAUGUAGAUGAUGGCAGUACUGAUGUUGGUGAUCGCAGUAAUGAUGUUGGUGAUGGCAGUACUGAUAUCAGUAAUGGCAGUACUGAUGUUGGUGAUAGUAGUAAUAAUGUUGGUGAUGGUAGUACUAAUGUCGAUGAUGGCAGUACUGAUGUUGGUGAUGGCAGUACUGAUGUUGGUGAUGGCAGUAAUGGCAGUACUGAUGUCGGUGAUAGUAGUAAUAAUGUUGGUGAUGGCAGUACUAAUGUCGGUGAUGGCAGUACUGAUGUUGGUGAUGGCAGUACUGAUGUUGGUGAUGGCAGUACUGAUAUCAGUAAUGGCAGUACUGAUGUUGGUGAUAGUAGUAAUAAUGUUGGUGAUGGCAGUACUAAUGUCG